AUGAAUUACCUUUCGAUUAUCCUCGCCAUUUCCUCGACAACAAGCUCAGCCUUCUUAGCUCCGGCGACUUCCAAUUCAGCCAACCUCUGCAAAUGCCCUUGGGAACCGGCCUCAAUGAGCCUCCUCCGGCAGCUCCGGCUACCUCCGGCCAAGAUUGCCGCCACAACCGCCACCGGAAACUUCUUCGACACAACCUCGUUCGAAGGAUCCAACAUUCGCACAAUCCUCGUCAGGCUCUUCUCAUCCCUCACAAACUCCUUCCCAUUCGAUUUUACCGAAAGCAACGAGACCAAAGCUUUUGCUCCGACCUCUUGCAUCCCGUCUGGCUUCACGCAUUCCAUUAGUUUAACCAGAGAACUCAUACAACCGGAAAUAGCUCGCUUGUUACCAUCGCUAAUGGCUAAAUUAGCGAGCAGGGAAGAAGAUAUGUGCUGUAUCAUGACAUUUUUGUGA